AUGGUGGGUGGAGAUUUUAAUGUGAUUCUAUCAGAGGAAGAGAAGUUGGGUGGACUGCCAGGAGUCCUUUCACAUGGAAGAGCAGCUGAACAUUGCAUUUUCAAAAGGUUGGAUAGGGUGUUAGCAAAUCAGGCUUUUCAAGAUCUUUUCCCUCAGAAUGAGGUGGAGCAUCUUACCAAAAGUGGAUCAGAUCGUGCCCCUUUGGUUCUAUCUUGUGGUGAGGAGGUAACUGGUUAUAUUAAACCUUUCAGAUUCCUAAACUUUUGGAUACAACAUGCCUCUUUCAAAGAAGUAGUUUCACAGAAUUGGAAGACUGAUUUUAUGGGAUCUCCCUAUUUGGCUUUUAAACAUAAGCUGAAAAAUCUUAAAGGUGCUCUGGCUAAAUGGAGUAGAGAGACCUGUGGGAACAUUUUUGAACAACUUAUUAUCAGGGAGGAGGUUGUAAAGGUGAAGGAACAAUUUUUUGAAGAACAACCAAGUAUCAUAAACAGGAUUGUUCUUCAAAAGGCUCAAGCAGAAUUGAAGAAAUAUCUCCACUUGGAGGAGCAAUACUGGAAACAAAAAGCUGGAUUUUCAUGGUUCACAGAGGGAGAUAAAAAUACCAAUUUCUUUCAUAAUUAUGUAACUGGUCAAAGAAGGAAACUUCAACUGAAUAGAAUUCAGGAUGGUUCUGGGAAUUGGCUUGAAACUAGAGAGGAGAUUUUAGAGGAAGCAAUUAGCUUUUUAAGAAAACACUUUUGUUCAUAUCCAACUAAGGAGGAAGUCAAAAAGGCAGUAAGUGAAUUAAAUGGAGACAGUUCUAGCGGACCAGAUGGUUUUGCAGGGGUGUUCUAUCAGCAAUGUUGGGAUAUAUUAGGGGAUGAUGUGUAUGCUAUUGUACUUGCUUUCUUUGAUGGAGCAGUUUUGCCAAAAUCCAUCACACAUACAAACUUGGAGAUAGUUUCAGAUAUCAGACUGAGAGAUAAACCUGCUAAUGUGAUAUUGAAACUGGAAAUGGCUAAAGCAUAUGAUAGAGUUUCAUGGAAAUAUCUUAUGCAUGUGCUAAGGAAUAUGGGUUUUGCGGAACACUUUAUCACUCUUAUUUGGAGACUGGUAGCUAACAAUUGGUACUCUAUUUUAUUGAAUGGUCAGGCUACUGAGGUACUGUCAAGGGCAUUGAAUUCUCUUUUUGAAGAUAGGAAUUAUAUAGGGUAUGGGAUGCCUAAAUGGACCAAUCCAUUGAAUCAUCUAGCAUAUGCUGAUGAUACUAUUAUAUUUGCAUCUGCUGAUAUAGAAUCCCUGCAGAGCAUAAUGGGGGUGUUGAGGAUGUAUGAACAGUCAUCUGGCCAGCUUGUAAACAGGGCUAAAAGUUUCUAUUAUAUGUAUGCUAAAAUUGGCAAUGACCUGGUGCAAUCAGUUGGCACUAUAACAGGAUUCCCUAGGGGUCAAUUUCCUUUUACUUAUCUGGGUUGCCCUAUUACCCAUUCAAGAAAGAAAAAGGUAUUUUAUGCAGAAUUGAUCAAGAAGGUAAAGAGUAAAAUUCUGUUAUGGAAAGGGAAAUUACUAUCUUUUGGAGGAAAAGCUACUCUUAUCAAAAGUGUAUUGCAGAGUAUACCAAUUCACCUUCUCUCAGUUGUAGUCCCUCUUAAGUGUGUUAUUCAUGAACUUCACAAGAUCUUUGCUAAAUAUUUCUGGAGUAAUAAAGAGGACGCAAAGAGUAGACAUUGGUCUGCUUGGCGAAAUAUUUGCAUUCCAACUCAGGAGGGAGUUUUGGGAUUUAAAUCCCUAUUUGAUGUUUCAAAGGCUCUGUUUGCUAAAUUAUGGUGGAGAUUCAGAACAACAAGUACUUUAUGGUAUAAUUAUAUGUGGAAUAAAUAUUGUAAGAAAGUUAUCCCCAGACUGGUAAUAUGGAAAGAAGGAUCCCAGGUUUGGAAAAAAAUGCUAGAAGCUAGAGAUGCAGUGGAGCAUGAAAUAUGGUGGGAAAUAAAAGCAGGUUCAGUUAAUGUGUGGCAUGAGAAUUGGACAAAAAUAGAAGCUUUAUAUCAUGUGGUCCUAGAUGAUUUCCCUAUCAAUGAGGAGAUGGAAGAGGUGGCUGAACUUAUUGAGGAAGGAAGAUGGAAAGAUGAGGUUUUAAUUCAGAAUUUCCCUUUAGACAUUGUGGACCACAUCAAAUCAGAAUUUCACAUUGAUCAUCUCCAUGGUUAUUGGGACAAACCCGGGUGGAUGGCUACAACUACAGGAAAGUUCACAGUUAACAGUGCAUAG